AGUCUCUCCAUCUUGAGGAAGGAAACGCCUUGAAGUUGAGGAGGAAACAAACCGAGUAGUUCAGGAUGGGGAAUCUCUUCGCGAACCUCUUUAAAGCCUUCGGUAAGAAGGAGAUGAGAAUCCUGAUGGUGGGACUGGACGCUGCUGGUAAAACCACCAUCCUGUACAAGCUGAAGCUGGGAGAGAUCGUCACCACCAUCCCAACCAUCGGAUUUAACGUGGAGACGGUGGAGUACAAGAACAUCAGCUUCACGGUGUGGGACGUGGGCGGUCAGGACAAGAUCCGGCCGCUGUGGCGGCACUACUUCCAGAACACCCAGGGUCUGAUCUUCGUGGUGGACAGUAACGACCGCGAGCGGGUGAACGAGGCCCGGGAGGAGCUGAUGAGGAUGCUGGCCGAGGACGAGCUCCGAGAGGCCGUGCUGCUGGUGUUCGCCAACAAGCAGGACCUCCCCAACGCCAUGAACGCCGCCGAGAUCACCGACAAGCUGGGCCUGCACUCCCUGCGCCACCGGAACUGGUACAUCCAGGCCACGUGCGCCACCAGCGGCGACGGCCUGUACGAGGGGCUCGACUGGCUCUCCAACCAGCUCAAGAACCACAAAUAAUCCCCCCGCCGGCUUCCCUCCUCUCUCGUUCUCACUCUACCGCUAGGUUUCGGAGCGUCCCGGGAGCCGCCGCCCCCCCCCCCCCUUCCUCUCGGGGGCGCCGCUGUAGAACCCCGGGCGGCUUCGGGGACGCUCCUCCGCCUCGCCGGGCCGAGCCGGCGCCCGGGCGUGUGCCCAUCUCUCAUCUCUCGCCGUACCGCAGAACGACACUAGCCGAAGGGAAGCGGUCACCACGGAGACCACGUCAUACGUGAGCGUGGCGAUCGACCGCGGCCGCGGAUCCUCGUUUACGGGUCGAACGCUCGCGGUCUCAUCGUACCGUACGUUAACGAGCCGAUAAAUCGUUUAUAAUCCUGUAAGGUCAUGUUUUGGAAGGGUGUGGCUCGGUGGGCGGGGCCAAAGAAAUGAAGUGCCUGUGUGGGCGGGGCCUAUGUACGUGAUCUACGAGGUUUACGACGUUUAUCCAAACCGACUUAGUCAGCAUUGAGAACGAUUUGAGCAAUUGAGGGUCGAGGGGCCUCGAUCAGGGGCCCAACAGGGCUAACUCGGCGGCGCUGGGGGCUUGAACCAGCGGCCUUCUGAUCACUAGUCAAGUACCUUAACCGCUGAGCUCCCGCUGGCCUACAGCUCUAAGCAAAGUCCACCUACACAAGUGCAAUAGAUGGUCACAAGUAUCUGGACGCCCCUUCUGAAUAGAUCAGCAGUUUAGGGAAGGUCCUUUCCCGUUCCAGCUCUAUAAAGACGCGAAGGAGCUCCAGCCCCACCCGGCAGCUCUGGGAUGAACCGGAACACCGACUAAGACUGAGAAGUCCGGACCGACUUACAGUCAGCGUUGAGAACGAUUUGAGCAAGUGCGGGUCGAGGGCCUCGCUCAAGGGCCCAACAGGGCUAACUCGGCGGCGCUGCGGGGCCUCGAACCAGCGACCUUCUGACGACUAGUCAAGUACCUUAACCGCUGAGCUCAGUGCAAUAGAUGGUCAAAAGUAUCUGGACGCCCCUUCUAAUCACGGAAUUCACUAACUGGGGGGGGGGGGGAAAUCAGCAGUUUAGGGAAGGUCCUUUUCCUCUAUUAAGACAUCGACAGCUCUGGGAUGAACCGGAACCUCAACUUAGACUGAACGGGCACAAAUUCCCACACACAGACGCACUCAGAAGAUACGGUCACUCUGUACUCUAAUACCGUUCGAUCUGGACAUGGGGUCACGAUCAGGCGUCCCAAUACUUUUGGCUCUAUCGUGUACAUAUACGUAGUGAUGAGUGAUGAUCGGCACAUGCCUGAGCGCCUGGUUUCCUCUCUCUCUCUCUCUCUCUCUCUCUCUCUCUCUCUCUCUCUCUCUCUCUCCCCCUUGUGUUUAUUUAAUCCUAGAUGAAUCCUUUAGCUUUCCUUUCGUUCACUUUCGUUUCUGUACUGUAAAGAAGAUGUACGGACUACGUAGAUCAGGUCAACACACACACACACACACACACACACACACACACACACACACACACACACGAGCUGCGGUGACGAAACGGCGGCGGGAGAAACCAAAAAACGAAUCUGCACAAAGAUCAGCACCUGUGAUGCAAGCGCCGCUGACGCGACCGACCCGGACGCCGAGGGCGGGGCCCACAUGUUCCGCAAGAUGCGCCAAUGAGAUCGUAGCUAUCACGGUCGCCAUGGUAACGACGCAAACGCACCCGAGGGUCCGGUCCCGGAGGUUCGUUCGCUUCUCGAACCGGUCGCCUUCCAAGGUCCGUCAGUGUUCGUGCACAGCCGACCGGGGACGACGGGACGCCAUGCGUCCGCGAGCUGUAGGUACCUCCACGCUCCCUGGAAGCAGGCGAUUAAAUCUUAGCGAGCUAACUGUAGCUCUGUUGUUAUGGGCCUACAUGCUGGUACAGUUGGCGCUCCGGUAUCGCGUAAAGCUCCGCCCCAUCCGCGGUACGAGCGCUCGUAGACGCGUCAAAAUUCCUCCAAUUAACAACGGAGUUUUACCCUCGAAACUGGGCGUGGCCGCGCUUUCCUAGUGGCGUACGUCCAGCCUCCUUCUGCUUCAGCGAUUGUUGUUGUGCUAACCAGCUUGGGUUAAUUCUACUGUAUACAUUUAGAAAUACCAUCUAGCGGGCGUGAUUGGUUUCUGCUAGGGCGGGAUGACCGGACUAUGUGGGCGGGGGUAAAUAAGGGUUCCACUAAGGGCUAAUUGGGUACGCCGGUAUCGUCUGCGCUUUUAGAGUUUUCCCAUUAUCACGUGUACGAGCGCUCGUACACGCGUCGAAGUUCCUCCAGCUUUAUUUAAGGCUACAAAUCCAAUCAACAAUCGAAUCUUACCUUCAAAACCGGGCGUGGCCGGGCCCUCGGGGACCUUAUGUCUAUAUUUUUGUGGUCGAUAUGGUGGCGUACGUCCGGCCUGCACCUGCUUCAGUGAUUGUUGUUAAUUCUACGCUGUGAGGUGGGUGACUCUAUAAAAACCAAACCUUCGAUUCUACUAUGCAAAAAUAAUUACGUGUUUAUUUAAAGCGCCGUUAAUAAAGAUCGGUUUUAUUUCCACCGUUUAUCGACGGUCAGUUCAAUCCGCCUCUGAACGGUUCUGAGUAGAACUUUGUGAGGUUUACGUGACCAACAGAUUUAAGAAGCGUUUAAACUCCCAUAACUGACGGUAGCGACGAAUAUAGAUAAUAAACCGUUGUAAUCGGCGCCACCUAGUGCCCGACACUUCUCGAUCACCUUCCAUCCGUCAGCGUUCGUCUUUAGCUGACUGGAGACGGGACGUCGUGCGUCCAUGAGCUGUGGGUUCCAGUCGUGUUCUGCGUCCGCGACGCUACGUAGAAGGAACGUCGGGGCGUGACUCUAUUCUGGCCGAACGUAUCAGUUUAGUUUAGCAUCACUAGCAAACCACCGUUUGUAGCAGCAUGAACAGUCUCGCCUCCACCAGGAUCCUGGCCGAGUCUCGGGCGCUUGGCUGGCGCUCCUCGGACGUUCUGGUAGCCGGCGGUUGGUGUUUCCUCUCUCGGUGCCUUUCCGGUUCCUCUAAGAACCCAGUACUGUUCUAUUAGGGUGAACUGACCGGACCCGAUCUCGCACGCCGGCCGGGUCACCCCGGUCAGGAGCAGGUGCGCUCUGACGAUACGACGACGGUAUUUAGCCUGGAGGUGGCGCCGUGGAGCCGGUGUCGAGGGAGGAAGAGCUGUACCGUACGGGACCCGCUGAAUAUCGUGACGUGUCGUAAGAGCGACGAUCGGCGCGUGCCUGAGGGACGUGAGGUCGGUGGUGCCGGUCGUUCUGUGUGAUUAACGUGAAUGUUUUAUUUUUUAUGCAGACGUGUGUGGUCUGAUUCGUUUGUUUGUGAAUGACGAGCGCUGUAAUUAAAGAGAUUAAGAAUUCC